UUAGGUUAUGUUUCUCUGUUGUCAUAAAUAUACACGUGCAUACUGUUACAACCAGUAAUAUCAAUAUUGCGUUGAAAUCUUCAAAUAUUUUACAGAACUGUGAGUUACGUUAAAUUUCCAUGUUUUCAGCUGAUUGAAUAUCCUUUCCUGACUUAUCGCAAUUCAUUGUAUUAAUAUUUAUACACGAUGGAUGAUGCUAUGGAUGGAUCGAGUGUCAAAAGGAAGAGCGUCAAGGAGUUGACAAAAAAAGGUGGCAAAAGGGAUGGAACAGCCAAGCGAGCAAAGAAAAGCUUGGCGGUUGAAUCACCAAAAAAAUCUCACUCUAAAGUGGAGAAAAAGAAGCAUAAAUUAGAAAAGAAAACAAAGAAGGAUUUGAAGAAAAUAACGAAAGAACUAGGAAAAUUGAAUGCAGAUGAGACAGGGAAAGGCAAAGCAAAAAAAGCAAAAAAGCAGCGAGACUCAGGAGAGACUGAUGCUCAAAAAAAUGUCAACUUGGAAAGGUUGAAUGAUGCUUGGGGAAGAGCCAUGAAAGACGUUGCGGAGCAGACAACCUCGGAAUUCCAGAAAGAAUUACUAGGAAAAUGUGAAGGUCAAGUUGUACCUCGCGACCAUAAAAGCAAAUUUAUGGACUGGAUUGAAGAGCAUCUUCACUACAGCAAAACAGAACACUAUAGUAAGCUGAGGACUAUUUGGAGGGCUGUCAAAAAAGUAUAUGACCAACAUAAACCGAUGACAAAAACACAAAAACGAAAAAUGGAGAAAAAGCGAAAGCAAGCUCGGAAGCAGCUUUCGGCCCAGGCGUUUAAAGCUGAGAAUCCACUAGAUGAAGAAACACUCAAAAAGAAGAGAGAAAAAGCUAAGAUAAGGCAGGCAAAACUGAAGAAAAAGAAAUUGGACAAUUUAUUAAAAAAGAAAAGUGGAAUGCGACUAAAAAAUAGUGCACCACUAAGCGAGGAGCAGAAAGAUGUUGUGAUGAAGGAAUUGAAAAAAAAGAGUAAAGAUAAGAAGAAAAGUAAGCUUUUAGGUAUUUAAGUAUGCAAUACAUUCGUCACCUAACUGAUCAAGGACGGGACUCAAUUUGGGGUAUGUUUUCGGAAACACUUGUAAAAAUUAUACCUCUCAUUGAACUUGCAAUUUUUCCUGUGGGUAGGAAUGGUUCCAUGCAUUUUUAAAAGUGAAUGGUUAACUGAAAAUACUUCCAAUUUUUCUUUUUCUUCUGUAAUGAAAACAUUUUACUGUUUAUCUGUCUAGAAUUUUUCAUAAAAAAACAAAGGAAAUAUUCUUUUUUUUAUAUCAAUAACUUUUCAUUCAUAAUUAUUUUACUAGUAAAAAUUAUGUUAUGAAAGAUUAUAAUAAUUUGUAUAACUUUUUCAAGCGUCUUCUUUUGAGUCAUAAACUGUUGCAGAUCUUUCAAAUGUCCAAUUUUCUCAAUGUUUCAACAUUAAUGACCAUAAAGUUUUACUGUAGAUGUGACAGCAUUGUCAAGUUAUUUUUAUCAUAUGCUUCAUUGAGAUAAUGGUUCAAACUAGUUUUGUAAAACUAUGGUCAAAUUCAAAUAAAAUUCUUAAAAAAAAAAUA